AGUCUUCUAUUGUCAAUGUCAAUUUAAUACAAGCAAGUUCAAAAUAUAAUAAAAUGCUAACUAACAAUGUUAAUUUACGGUUGAUGUAAUAGCAUUUAAUUGUUGUUUAAAUUGAAAGUUAAAUUAAAAUACGUUUAAUGUUUAAAACUACAUAAAAGCUCAAUAAUGUUAAGUUCCAUGAAUAAGAAGUUUUUGGUAUCUUUCUGUAAAACAUAUCGGAGCGUGUCUUCAACAAAGUGCUGCUUUACCUCAGAAACAGAAUACAAGUAUUCUGAUAGCGAAAGAUUAAAAAUCUUACAGACUAUUAAUAGUAGUGAUUCUGAAAUAUUAUCUAGGUAUGAUGUUGCAAAGUCUAGGAUAAGAAAACUGUCUGAAUGGAUGAAAAUAUAUGGACAACUGAAUGAUAUAUCUGAUUUGGAGAAAAUUGAUGGUUUUACUGAAAAAACAGUAAAGAAAUUCUACAAGAGUAUACUGGAUGGACCAAAGAAAGUAGUGAACAAGAUUAAAGGACAAAUUUUACAUCCAGCAUUGUCUGAAAUUGUUAGACAGAACUGCAGAUCGGUGCUGUCAGUGUAUGUGUCAGUAAACUCUGUGUGCUGGACUCUCAUUGAAAGAGCAAACUAUGAACUUCUCCAAUGGAAGUACCACGGUAUUGAAUAUCCUGAAGGCAAGAGGCUGCAGAUCAAUGAAAUAUUGGAUAUUGCAUAUCAAAUAUCCACAAAGUUACCGGUAGCUGAUAUUUAUGUGAUGAAAUCAGAAUCAACCAGUCUCCGAGCAGCGGGCAGUGAUCCCAACAACCCAAAAGUCCUUACUGUCAAUUUACAGAAGGCUCAAAUGAUCGCCAUGAUGAUUGCUCUGAUAAAUACUAAAAAUGUAGACAGGUCUGAUGACGAGAAUGUUAAACUAAAUCAAAAAAUAUAUUUUCUGAGAUCAACAUUACCAUACAGAUUGUAUGGAACAUUGGUGGGGGGCGAAAGAGUUUCAACGGAUCAAACAGUAGAAAUGCUAUUAGAAAAAUCGAAGAAUAUUUGUCCCAAUAAUUCUCAUGUACAUGUCGGUGAUAAUUUAAUUUCGAUGUUUCAUUCACAAAAAGAAUUAGAAAAAGACAUGUUGGGACAUUCUUUGUUACUAGGACUUACUUUUAUGGAUAUCUGUAUUUAUCUGAACCAAAGAAGUAUAGCUAAAUUGUCAAGAAAUGGCGAAACGUGAUCAUAGAAUCUUAAUGUAGACUUGAAAAUGUAAAUAAAAUUGUUUUAGCUGU